AUGGUAAACCCUUUUACCGUAACCUUCGUUGGAGUGGUAGGCAAUGUCCCGUUCAUGAGCACCGGUACAUCGCAUGGGAUUAAUAGCCGGUGUAUGACAUAUGACACAAUCGACAUCCGUAUGGCCCAUAUCGGGCGCCGGAAGUCCAUUAUAACCGGGUUGGGUAGGUUUACUUUAGUAUCAUUGAUGGAAAGGUUGGGUCAGAAAAGGGAUGGAUUUUAUUGUUGGAAACUGUUUCGAAUUAAUAGAUUCCAGGGAUUUAAGUUAUUAUCACUGAUGGAAAGGUUGGGUCAGAAAAGGGAUGGUUUUUAUUGUUGGAAACUGUUUCGUAUUAAUAGAUUCCAGGGAUUUAAGGNAUUGCGAUGUCUUAUGACUGGCGGACACCACCUCUUCGGCCGCCACUUCUUCGUGCCGUUUGUGGAGUAA